AGUGGGGAAGAAUUAUUUACAAACUUUGAAUCGUUCGACUCGGUCGAACGACAUUCGCGCGCGGUUUUCAAGGAACGAAACGAAACGUGUUUGUUCUUCGAGCGAAACAAUCGCUCGAAAAUCAUUGGAAACGAAGAGUUUCGAGGGGAAGCUCGUCGAACGAUCGACACGCUGCCGGAAGAGGAAGGUGCGCGGUGGUGAUUGGUCCGCAGACUGUCAAAAGAUUCGAAUCCCGGAACGUUUCUUCGGCUUCUGCCGUUCUCCAGUUCCUCCCUUCCUCAACGUGUUCGGUGCUAUUAUUGCUGUGCCGCCUAAAUAUAGUGUCUCGGUGGAAGCAUCGACGCGAUGAAGCAGCCGAUGCAGUGGAUAUUGGUCUACUUCUGGACUCUUGGCUUGACAAAGGCGUACCAUUUUCAAAACGAAAUCGUCGAGCCACUUUUGAAUUACAACGGAGCAAAAAGAUCCCAUUGUCCAGCAAUUGCACACAAACAACCAGCCAAUAGACAAGAUACAUCAUUAAGAUUGAGACAAUUAAGAUCGGAAAUGACUCGGGUCGCUUCCAUUCAAGGACCGCCUCUUGAUGGAUAUAUAGUUACUUCCGAUGACGCACAUCAGACAAUGAACUUGGUUUAUCAUGGCCGCGAGGGCCCUUUGGAGAGUGAUUCUCUAGAUCCUCGUGAUAUGAGAAGAGAAUUCAUCACUGGAUUCUACGGAAGUGCUGGAGAAGCUAUUAUCACUUUGAGCAAAGCUGUAUUCUGGACUGAUGGAAGAUAUUAUAUUCAGGCGGAUCAUCAGCUUGAUUGCAAUUGGAUACUCAUGAAACGUGGUAGAGAAGAUGUUCCUUCUAUAACCGAAUGGUUAAUACACGAAUUUCACAACCAAGCUCUUGUACGUAUUGGCGCUGAUCCAACACUCGUAUCUGCCAUUGAUUGGGAAAUCUGGGAAGAUGAAUUAGCAAAUUCGUCCAUAAGAUUGGUUCCUGUCCGUAACAACCUGGUGGACUUGAUCUGGCAGGUCAAUCGACCGAAUUACAAUCCACAUCCGGCGUAUCCAUUACCGGACAAAUAUUCCGGAAGAGCAUGGCAGGACAAGAUUCAGUCGAUUCGAAUCGAAAUGGAGGUAUCUAAAGCAGACGCCCUGGUCCUCACGGCACUCGAUGAGAUAGCCUGGUUGUUCAAUGUUCGUGGAUACGAUUUGCCACACACCCCUGUUCUUAGAGCGUACGCCAUAAUUACUGGUGAAUCGAUACAUCUGUACACACCACGACACAAGAUUUUACGAUCGGUAGAGGAACACUUAAAGAUGGAUUUUUGCUCGCAUGCAAAUUGCGUGAAAUGGCAUAAUUACACUUCUAUUUGGUACGAUUUACGAACAAUGUCUCAAGCUUGGAAUUCAGUAUGGUUGCCAACGAGAUGCGGUUACAGUCCAGGUGCUUCUAUGGAGAUAUUCAACUCUAUUCCUCCGGAGAAACGGUUACCAAAACCAUCGCCAGUGUUAAGCUUGCGAGCCCAAAAGAAUGAAAUCGAGGCGGAGGGAAUGAGAAGAUCCCAUUUAAGGGAUGCUGUAGCAAUGUGCGAUUUCCUCGCAUACAUGGAGUGGCAAUACGAGUUGAAUUCAGAUGGUUGGGAUGAGAUGCAGGUAGCCAGAUUGGCGAACGAGUUUCGUUACGAACAGGAGAAGAAUAAAGGCAUCUCCUUCCCUACCAUCGCUGGAUAUGGACCCCAUGCUGCCAUUCCCCAUUACGAGCCAAACAAUUUGACAAAUAUUAAAAUUGGAAGGACGUCCACCUUGGUGGUGGAUUCAGGAGGGCAAUAUUUAGACGGAACCACCGAUGUGACAAGAACACUUCAUUUUGGUACACCAACGGAAGAACAAAAAAAAGCGUAUACAAGAGUGUUGAUCGGCGCAAUACAAUUGUCCUCUUUAAUAUUUCCAAGCAAUUUAAAAUCCAAUCAAUUGGACAUCGUCGCAAGAGAGCCAUUAUGGAACAUCGGUUACGACUAUUUGCACGGAACUGGCCAUGGGAUCGGUCACUUUCUGUCUGUCCACGAAUCACCUAUUGGUAUAUCGUAUGCACAUGUUACAACAUCAGAUAAAGUUUGCGGACCUAUUGAAUUAAAACCAGGAUUCUUUUUAUCGAAUGAACCUGGUUAUUACAAACAAGGCGAUUUUGGUAUACGUUUGGAGAACGUCCUUGAAACAGUGGUGGCAGGCAAAAAAGGCUCAGAAAUAUUCUUGAAAUUCAGGGAUGUUACGUUAGUUCCCUAUGAACCAAAAUUGAUCGAUAAUAAUAUGUUAAAUCCGUCUCACAUACGAUGGCUGAAUAAUUAUAAUCGUCGAAUUAGAGAUGAAAUAGGUGCAGAAUUAAAAAAAAGAUUAAGAAUGGAUGCUUUCGAUUGGAUGAUGAAAAAAACUGCAACCAUUCCAGAAAUAAGACGAAUCGACGAAGAAUUGCUUUUCAAUCAUUCACAUUCGACACCAGCUAUAUUCAAAAAAUUCCAUGUAUUAAUUUAUCUUAUUUCUGUAUAUCACAUUUUAUUCAAUCUUCCAGAUAUAUGGAGUUAAUUAAGAUUCAAAUAAUGAACAAAUUAUAUAUAUAUAUAUAUAUAGGGUUUAAAAAUAGUUUAUUUAAAAAGCAACUUGUUUUAUUAACUAUAUUUAAUAUAUGUUAAAAUUAUUUUUUUUUAUACAUUACUGCCAAUUCUAGAUUCAGGUUUUGCAAUCAUUAAAUUCACAAAAUCAUUGAUUAAAAUGAGAUAUUAUCACAGAAAUACAGGAUCUAAUAGGACUUUAUACCCUAUUAUAUUGUAUGUUCUAAAAUAUCUAUUUAAAAUAUAUAAAAAUUGCAUCGAAAUUCUAUUAAGAUUUUUAAUCAUUAUGUUCAAGCAAUAAAAU